AUGUCCCCUGCCCUAAAGCUCCCAGGUUUUGGUAUCCCUCUGAAUCAAGCUGGGAAAUGGAGAGCAUCUCUAGGCGAUGGAUUUGUAACCAAUACGGAAUACAAUAGAUCCAAGAACUUCAGACAUAAGUUAUUCGACAAUGCACUAGACAAAAAUGAUAUCUAUGGCGCCUAUGCAUUCAUGCCCCUGCUUACAACGAGGGAACAUACAAUGAUUCACGUCAUGAAUGAUAUCACUGACAAACCCGGCUGGGAAGACAAGGUCUUUGACAUGAAUAUCACCGCCAAAUGGAGGCGAGAGCUUCUAGAAGAUGAUACCCUAGAUAUAACAGAGAAAAUGGUUGACUGGAUCAUUGAUGAACUUCAGUACAAAUCAAAGCCAUAUAAAACUGACGGCAUUAUCUCUGCGCUUGCCUCUGGUGUCAUGAAAUCCGACACCCUUAUUCCCUCAUCUCUUCAAGAAUCACUGAAAGCAUCAGUUGCUCGUCUCGAGAAUGUACCUGAAGCGCAAAAGGACUAUCAUCCUUACACAGAUAAUCAGGUACUGGAUCUGGUCCAUCCUUCACUUUUCCCAUUGGUUUAUGGCAAAUCACGGAUCGUCAAAGAUGGCAUUCUCAACAUUCAUGAUGGCAUCACUAAAUCUGGGACUGGAGAAAUAAUUCCUAUCCCUUCUAUGCCAGAAACCGGGGCUCCCGGCGAAGGCCGCCGGGAAACUCACCCUUCUAUGGGAAAGAUGGAUCGCCCUUUCAGUGACAAGUUUCAGUGGCUCCCAUGCGAUGUAGCAUUCCGGCCGAUGGAUGAUCCGACAAAUGCUUCGCGCGAGCCCAUCGAUUCAAGCAUUUGCACCAUCACCAGUUAUAUAAAUAACUUGCAUCCUGAGGCACACAAGGAAUUGUAUGCAGUUCUUGAGCAAAUCAUUACAUGCACAAUCCCUUUGUGGAAUGAGACAUUAUCCCGUAGCAAAAAUUGGCCAGAUUAUAGGCGGAUUGAAUACACUGCCUGCACCUACGACCCGGAUCCAAACGACAUCCCAGAAGAAGAUCGGCCUCAACAACUUCCUGAUGAAAAUGAGGAUGACUACUGGCAGCGGCUCGAGGAGUGGGAAUGGGAAAUUCGCAAGGUAGUAAAGCCUGAGCCGGGGAAAUUCGUCCCCGAGGAGGAGCGAGAGGCCAUCAAUCUUCAGAGGGACUACGGGAAAACAGGCCUGCAAAUCAUUGUGAAGCUGGCGAACAUUUAUCUUACGCCUGAAAACAAUAAGUAUGCGGGGGGUUCAUGGCAUGUUGAGGGCCAAUUGAACGAACACAUCUGUGCUUCAGCGCUAUUCUACUACGACAGCGUCAACAUAACCGAGAGCCGCCUUGAAUUCCGUCAAAUGGCCAACUUUUACGAUAUUGAUGAUAUCUCCUACGAGCAAGACCAUCGUGAGUGGCUGAAAGUAGUGUUUGGAGUCGAGGAUGAGUACUGCACUGCCCAAGAGAUUGGUAGUGUACUCUGCAAAGAAGGACGUCUCAUCACAUUCCUAAACACAUUACAACAUCGUGUCCGCCCUUUCGAGCUGGAAGAUCCUACCAAACCAGGCCACCGAAAGAUCCUUGCGAUGUUUCUUGUGGACCCAAACAUUCGCAUCAUCUCUACGGCAAAUGUACCUGCGCAAAGAGAAGACUGGUGGAAGGAACAGGUACCGUUGGACAGGGCUCUGGGAAAACUUCCAAUGGAGCUUUUUGAUGAGGUUGUUUCUCAUCUGGAUAACUUUCCGAUGACUAUGAAAGAGGCGAAAGGACUGCGCCUCGAGCUGAUGGAAGAAAGGAAAACUGUUAUUUCUGACCACAACAAUGAAUUCACGUCUCAUGGCUUCGGACUAUGUGAGCACUAG